AUGGAGGAAAGAACAUCCACGGCAACAGAGACAACAAACGACGAUGUUUGGUCCAAAGACACAGUCCCCAAAGUCUUGAAACUCGUUUCUUCCUCCACUUCUUCUCUCACUCUCACUCACACCGACCUCGUUUCUCUCCUCCUCGUCAGUCCCUUCCUCUAUCGUACCCUUCUCUCUUCUCAAACCCUCUGGCAAUUACUCAAUUUCCGUGAGUUGAAUAAUGCCGGAAAUCGCCUUAUAGCUGCUCUUUCUCUGCCUAGAUACAGCCAUGUAAAAGAGAUUAACCUUGAGUUUGCAAGAGACAUUGAAGACACACAUCUCAUGCUUAUUAAACAAAAGUGUUUUGAUUCUCUUCAAAGCUUGGAGUCUUUAAAUCUCAACGUCUGUCAGAAAAUAUCGGAUACGGGAAUUGAAGCCAUAACCAGUUGUUGUCCUCGGCUAAAAAACUUUUCCAUCUACUGGAAUGUGAGGGUAACUGAUAGUGGACUGAAGCAUAUAGUGAGGAACUGCAAACACAUAGUUGAUUUGAAUAUAAGUGGCUGUAAGAAUAUUUCAGAUCGAGGUGUACAAUUUGUUGCUGACAAUUACCCAAAACUAGAGUCGCUAAACUUGACAAGGUGUGUCAAGUUAACCGACGAGGGGCUGAAGCAGUUGUUGCAGAAAUGCCUAUCCCUUCAAAGUUUGAAUCUCUAUGCAGUGUCUAGUUUCACAGACGAAGCUUACAGGAAAAUUGGCCUUCUGACACGUCUCACGUUUUUGGAUCUCUGCGGUGCCCAGAAUCUCUCCGAUGAAGGACUUCAAUGUAUUUCGAAAUGCAAGAACCUUGUAUCCCUCAAUCUGACUUGGUGCAUACGUGUGACAGACGAAGGGGUUAUAGGCAUUGCAAAGAGUUGCAUCUCUCUUGAAUUUCUAAGCUUAUUCGGAAUAGUUGGCGUGACCGAUAAAUGUCUCGAGGCACUCUCAAAGUCAUGUUCCAACAGCAUUACGACUCUUGAUGUGAACGGAUGUAUUGGCAUUAAGAAACGAAGCCGCGCAGAGUUGCUUCAGUUGUUUCCAUAUUUGAAAUGCUUUAAAGUGCAUAGUUAG